UGUCAAAAGCAGCUGGUUGCGUUGUUGUGAUAAUUUUUUUAGCAAAAUUAAUUUUAAUACAUUAAAUAGUCGUAUUAUAUUAUUAUCCUACUUCUAAAAUGGCAUUACCAGCAGCACAACCUGCCGAAGUACUCCGAGCAUUCCAAAAGGACGACUUGUACGAGAAACAAUUAGCCGAGCAACUUUCUAGGAUUUUGCCUUCGCGGCAUGCUUCUAAGGCUAUUCCAGUGUCCUCUAUCUUGUAUAAGUCAUUCACGACUCUCAAGGACCUCCAGACGUUAGGAGAAGAGUACUCUGGCAUAGUUCAAGUCGACGACAGCUAUCACAAGUUACCUUCAUUCUGCAGUCGGCUAACAAGCAUUCUUUUAUCGACUCUCGGUGAAUCUUUGACAAGGAAACUUCUGAGACAAGCAGAGAAGGGUGUGGAACGAAAUGCAGCUCUAAAACCUGCAGCACAGAACACUUUUAUCAUUAUUUUGAGAGCUGUAAACUCUAUGGUGCCACAGAUUGAGAGCAUUCACCGUGCGCUCAGUUACAUAAAUGGUGGUCCUUUGCAAAUUGGAAAGACGGUGACGGGCAUAGAUUAUGUACAUGUGAGACCUGCAGCAGCUGCUUAUUAUGCCCAUUUACGGUUAUUAGGGAUAGUGACACUACUGCACGCUUUUAUAUCAUGUGGGCAAAGCUUAUAUCUAGCCAAAAAGCAUAUGGACCAAUUAAAUGACCUGCCGAAUGAAGUGGACAGCAGUAAAUCGUGUGUAGCGUGCCUAGAGGAGAUCCUCCAGCCUUGUGUGCUGCCCUGUGGGCAUAUUUUUUGCAUGAACUGCUCAUACGGAGCUUUAGAAACAUGUGCUCUUUGUAGGUCACCAUUUAUGAAGAAUACUGUUGUUCCUCUUAUGAAUUACAGUCCUGGCAGUUGAUGUCAUAGAAAAAAAACUAUAUUUAUUUAUGUUAUGGGUUGGUUACCAAAGAAGACAUUAUGGUGAUGGUGCUAUAGCUAUUAUGAAAUAAAUAAAACAAUUUAUACACAAA